ACUAAUGGUAUGCAAAGUCAAUGCAAACACUGAUCACGUGAUUGUCGUUUGAAAAACAUUUCACAUCUUAUUUAUCACUCAUUCCUCCGAGUCUUUGGCCAUUCAUUGAGACAAUUGUGCCGACAAUGGAGGACAAGAAGUAUGGUUUAAUCCGAUUGUCGAAAACCAAUAAACCUGUCAAUACUCUCAAGAAGAAUAUCUUUGAUGACAGCGAUUCCGACGACGACUCGCCAGCGAAUUUAAAAUCAAAACAAGUGAUAACUUCUUCCUCGGGAGUGAAAAGACAAACCCAAUUAGACAUAAGCAAAGCGCUCACCGAAGACCCCAAUGUCUUUGAAUACGACAAUAUUUACGACGAUAUGAAGGCCAAGAAUGAGCCGAUCGUCGAAACGGAUCCGCAGAAUAAAGAGAAGCCGAAACCCAAAUAUAUUAACCAUUUAUUAAAGUUUUCGGAAACUCGAAAAAAAGAGAGCGAAAGACGUGUCGAACGGAAGAUACAGAAAGAGAGGGAACGCGAGGGCAAUGAGUUUGAAGACAAGGAACAGUUUGUGACCAACGCUUACAAAGAGAAACUCGAAGAGAUCCGACUUCAAGACCUAAAGGAUCAAAAAGAGCAACAAAUUGACGAUCUGUUGGACGUGAAGAAGCAAAACGAUUUGUCCGGCUUUUAUAGAAAUCUUCUAAAUAACAACAUGUCUUUGCCAUCGAAUCCAUCGGUCACUGAAACUGUUGCCGAAGUGCCCAAAGAAAUUCCAAAACCAAAAUCUAAUCGUCAAAUUAGGCGAAGAAGAAGUUCUUCGGAUGAAUCUGCAGAGGAAGAAGACUUACCACAAAAAAGUGUGGCAAAUGAUAAACACGUUGAAAAUAAAGGCGAAAACAAUAAACAAAUUAAAACCGAAGUCGAGAGCUCUGAUAAUGAAGACGGCGACGAAGACAUUGAUUCCGAACCAGAUCUGGAAAACGAGUCCAAACCUCCUAAGAGUGAACCAAUUGAUGAAAACAAUGGUGUAGUCAUUGAGAACACAGAGACACCAAAAGUAGAUAAAAGAGAACUUUUAAUACAGAAAUUUACAAAAAGAACUGUCGGAGAGGUCUUCAGUUCCGCUCAAAUGAGAUAUUUUGAAAGAAAAGAUAAAUACAUUUUGUAAAUAAAUAAAAUCAUUUCAUUAGUAAUUUAUAAAAAAUAAUAUUAACUUAUAUUAUAAAAACAUUAUAUAAUUUAUAUCUUAAAAUCAGUAUUGUUUCCCAAAUCCAACGCC